UAACGACACACUGGUAACAAAUAACAAUACAAUUUCUUGUUUGGCAUCCAAAUAUAAUAUUUCUCCCUACUUGUAGUAGGUAACCUUUUUCAGUCCAUAUAUUUGUUGUUGCUUUUUUUUGGUUGUAAAUAAAUAAAUAAAUAAAUAAAUGGCGAUUUCUUCUACUUGUUGUUCAAGGAUGAUGAAUUUCCCAAACUCUGUUAGCCGUCCUCUUCAACAACCUGCAAAGGCAUCAUCCAUUUCUUCCUUUUCCCUUUCCACUCGCUCCUUUCAUUUCAACCUUAAUUAUAAUAAUAAUAAUAAUCUAUGUUUUCAUAGAAAUAGAAAUGAUCAUAAUUUGUUAUUAGUUCCAGCAGGAGCUGCUUCUUCUUCAACACAAGCGGCACCUGCAACUGGAGGACUUGCACCUGCCAUUGAUUUGACCGAUAAUGCUUUGAAGCAUUUAAACAAGAUGAGGUCAGAAAAAAACGAUGAUUUAUGCUUAAGAAUUGGCGUGAAGCAAGGUGGAUGUUCUGGCAUGUCUUACACCAUGGAAUUUGAGAGCAAGGAAAACACAAGACCUGAUGACACAGUUAUGGAAUACAAUGGUUUUGUCAUAGUUUGUGAUCCAAAGAGCCUUCUUUUCAUAUUCGGGAUGCAAUUAGACUUUAGUGACGCACUCAUUGGAGGAGGAUUUUCAUUCAAAAACCCGAAUGCUACUCAAACAUGUGGUUGUGGUAAGUCGUUCAACGCAUAGAUUUGAAAGACUAUGUACUUAUAGACCAUUUGGUUGUAUUCGACAUGUAACCAAUAUAAUAUCAGUAAAACUGGUUGUAAGUUCGACACUCAUGAAACCCAUAUAUAGUCUAUUUGAUGUUGUAUUUUGCACAUGAAGAUCAUCUUCACGGUUGAACCUAUUGCACGGUUGAACCAAUAUAAUAUCAGUAAAACUGGUUGUAAGUUCGACACUCAUGAAACCCAUAUAUAGUCUAUUUGAUGUUGUAUUUUGCACA